CGUCAUCCCGGUAGCGCGCCUGUGCCACUGUCCUCUAGUUGACGUCCGGUAGCUGCUGCACAGCGAGCAGUGUUUACUUCACAGCAACUUAAGUCACAUCGUCGCUGUUUCAUCUUCUGAACUGACAAUGGCUGGAACUCUGGCGCGUAAGGCCGUGGAUCAUCUCCGCAGCAAAGAGUUCAGAGACUAUCUCAUGAGGUCACAUUUCUGGGGUCCGGUGGCAAACUGGGGCCUGCCUAUCGCCGCCAUCAGCGACAUGAAGAAGAGUCCAGAAAUCAUCAGCGGCAGAAUGACCUUCGCUCUCACCUGCUACUCGCUGCUGUUCAUGCGCUUCGCCUACAAGGUCCAACCUAGAAACUGGCUUCUGUUCGCCUGCCACUUUACCAAUGAAGCGGCGCAGCUCGUUCAGGGCAGCAGACUCAUCAAAUACAACAUGGAGAAGAAGAUGGCCAAAUGAUAAAGGACCAUGUGCGCAACGGUCACAGUCAUGCUUUUUAGGAGAUCCACGAAUCUGGAACAUCUGAUCUGUUUUAACACAAUAAAUAAUCAUUCGUAUACAUAGAUGAUUGGUUUUAAUGCUAUUUUCUCUGUUACACAUAUAAUAUUUUAAGCAUUACAGCACAGUCUUGACGGUUAGAGUUUUUAUGUAAUGUAGAAAUAUUUGAUUAAUUUAUUUCCAUCCAUAAUGCAAUCAGUGUGUAUGUUAAAAAUGAAUAUGGAUAAAAUAAACAAUGUAAUGCUUUUG